UAUAAUGGUGGCACGUGGGCUGAAGCGUAAAUUCCGUGAUGUCGGAGGCCCAGGGUGGGAGAAUCAGCUGCAGUCCAUGCUGAACAUUUCUAUAGACAAGUACCAGCGCGAUCAGGCCCUCAUGGAGCCCAGCUUACUGCGCUCUGUCCUCAUCACCAACACGCUCCGUCAGGCCAAAACACACAUGGAAUCUGGAAUUGAGAACCCUAUGAAAAAAAGUCAAACACAUCAUCCAACAACAUGUUUCUGGCAGGAACGUGGCAUGCCUGCUGGGUUUGAAGACAUGGAGGAUGAUUUCAUGGAGGAUCUAUCUUUAUCCACUGCCAUUAAUGCCAUCUUGAAGAAUCUGGACACAGCUCUUGAUGGUAGCUCUGGAUCAUCUGCACCUCAGCAGUUACCGUUAGCUUCCAUGGAAAACCUUACAGGAGACAGGACCUGCAAAAGGUGUCCAAGCAAAAGUUUAUCUAAUCAUCUGCAGGACACUGUUCUAGAUGAUUUGUUAUUGGACUUUGAUACUUCUAUAUGUGAAGGGGAGAUGUCUAACAAUACUUUUGACCUUUCUGUUGAUGAAUUUGUGAAGUAUUUACCCUGUGUGCCCUGUUUCGAGGAUGACAUAGGGUUUUUACCUUCUGUGUAG